AUGCAUCUUGUCUCUCCAGCGCCCGUGGAAAUGUCAUAUGAAGGAGGCUUUCUGUCUAACGCCGCCCUCGGGAGUAUGCUGAGUCUUGAGAAUCAAGAAACGAAGUCCAAAACACUCCAAUCUGUACUGGAGGCCCCCUUCAAGUUUCGAAUCCCACGUCGUCUCCGACGCCUCUUCAAGAAGAAGAAGGGCAACCGCGGUCGUGAUGAUGUUGAGUUGGGACACAUCUCGCACCCGUAA